UGUGGGAGCAAGAUGGAGACCUUUGACAUCGAUGCCCCUCGUUGGAACCAGUGUACUUUCUUGGGGCGAGUGAAGCACUUCUUCAAUAUUACGGACCCCCGCACUGCCCUGGUUCCGGAGCGGGAGCUGGACUGGGCCAAGAUGAUGGUGGAGAAGAGCAGGCUGGGGGCAGUGCCCCCCGGAACCCCUCGUGAGCAGCUGCUGUAUGCCAAGAAGCUCUAUGACUCAGCCUUCCAUCCUGACACCGGCGAUAAGAUGAACGUCAUAGGGCGCAUGUCCUUCCAGGUCCCCGGUGGCAUGAUCAUCACUGGCUUCAUGCUCCAGUUCUACAGGACCAUGCCAGCCGUGAUCUUUUGGCAAUGGGUAAACCAGUCCUUCAACGCCCUGGUGAACUACACUAACAGGAAUGCUGCUUCCCCCACAUCCAAUAGGCAGAUGGCCCUUUCCUACAUUUCAGCCACGACCACAGCGGUGGCCACUGCUGUGGGAAUGAACAUGCUGACAAAGAGAGCGCCGCCCCUGGUGGGCCGCUGGGUGCCCUUUGCCGCGGUGGCUGCAGCCAACUGUGUUAACAUCCCGAUGAUGCGACAGCAGGAACUCCUCCAGGGCAUCUGCGUGAAGGACAGGAAUCAGAACGAGAUUGGACACUCCCGGAGAGCUGCAGCCCUGGGCAUCACUCAGGUGGUUAUUUCUCGGAUUACCAUGGCUGCUCCUGGCAUGAUCUUGCUGCCUGUCGUCAUGGAACAGUUGGAAAAGCUGCGCUUCAUGAAGAGAGUCCAGAUUCUGCAUGGCCCCUUGCAGGUCCUGCUCUGUGGAUGUUUCCUCAUCUUCAUGGUCCCAGUGGCAUGUGGGCUCUUCCCCCAGACAUGUGAAUUUCCAGUUUCCUCUCUGGAACCAGAGCUGCAGGACAUCAUCAGGACCAAAUACGGGGACACCAUGCCUUAUGUCUACUUCAACAAGGGUCUUUGACCACCUGCUUGGCACUUAACCACCAGUACCGCCCCUCAUCUGCCAGGCUGCCCCUCAUUCCUCCAGCCUCUGGCAGGGAGGUCUCCGCCUUCUACCUGGCCUCUGGUUGACUGGACUUCAGGGUAUUAAAGUGAAAAGGGGCAUAGGUCAGAGCGAUUGUAAAGUGGGUAAGGUGCUUGCCUUACUUGUGCCUGACCCCAGACGUUCCCCAGCACCCCAUAUGAUCCUUCAAGCACCACAAGAAGUAAUC